UUUGACUUCUCUCCCUUCGUCUUCCUGGUUCCCCCCUCAAAACCUGGUCCUCUCGGCUUCCGCAGCAGUACCUAUAAAUUCUCUAAUUUACAACAUCAAACUGCCUUCUCAAGUUAGGGUUUCGCUCUCACUCCUCACUCCUCACUCCUCACUCCUCACUCCACAAGCAAUCUACUGUCCCAAUGGAUCCUCCUCUAACGACCUCGUAUUUUCAACUAGCCAUGGCGGCGCUGGUAGGUGCCUCGCUGAUGGCAGUCUCUGCUUUUUACAUCCAUAAACGCACCGUUGAUCAAGUACUCGAUCGCGUCAUCGAGAUACGCCGUAAGUCUGGGGAUCAUCGUAGUGGCGGCUCCGGUUCCACCAACAGAGAUGACGAGGAAGAGGAAGGAGAAGGGGACUACAAACAGCUUCUCGAUGGAGGAGAAGAUGAAAGUGAAUACGAGGAGAGAGGCUUGGGUUCCGAAGGGGAGGUGAAUGGUGUGCGGAAAAGGCUCCUGUCCAGCUCGUUCGAUAGCAAAGGUGUCGUUCUGCCCAUACGUUAUCCGGUAUCGAGUUCAAUGCCUAAUGUGGCCGUGGGAAGUGAAUGGUUUGAGGAUGACGCCAGGUUUGAUGAGGCUGUACGGGCUAGGGCUCAGGGCUUAUCUGCCUCCUCCCUCGAUAAGCUUAACUUCGUGCCGUCAGGUCUUCCUCCUAUCCAGCUUUCUCAAAGGAAGGGAGAGGAUCAACCUGUUAACCGUGCUGGUUCAAAUACAAGGGUAGCAUCUGUUGGCAGGUUAAUUACUCCAAGAUCGUCUGGUGUGAAUGCUUUUGAAAGCAUUGGGGAUUCUGAUGAUGAUACAGAGCUUGCAAAUGAUGAGGAUGUUCUUUUCAGUCUAGGGAAUGUAGAUUCUACUCCGGAGAUCCUAAGUCAAGUUGAUUUAAGAAUUCAAAGUUCUUCAGUUGUUCCAUUUACUGGUGAUACUGCUAACUGUGUUCAAGAUCAGAAUUUAAAAUCUAAUGGAUGUGAAGAAAAAACUGCUAUGCAUGGCAAAGAAGCAGUAGAUACAUCACCAGUUCAUGUUGUGGGGAACGAUACAACCUUCGCUGAUGUUUUACCGCAGAGCAUCUUAUUGCAUGGUGAGUCAGCAAAUGUAGAAGAGGAAGAAGUUCGGAAAAUGAUUUGUGAGUGUUUGGAUUUGCGAAAGAAGUAUGUUUAUAAUGAAGAGGUUGCUCCAUGGAGGAAGGUAGCUGCAGAAAAGUCUGACACAUUGAAGAAGAAAUCUGAUCCAUUUCACUUUGAACCUGUUGAAGCAACUGCACAUCAUUUCAGGAUUGAAGAUGGAGUCGUGCAUGUUUAUGCUAGUGAGAAUGACACUGUUGAGCUUUUUCCUGUCGCAAGUUCUACUGAAUUUUUCACUGAUAUGCAUCACCUCCUAAAGGUUAUGUCAAUUGGAAAUGUCCGUUCUGCAUGCCAUCACAGACUAAGAUUUCUUGAAGAGAAAUUCCGCCUUUAUCUGUUAAUAAAUGCAGAUAAGGAGUUUCUUGCUCAGAAAAGUGCCCCGCAUCGGGAUUUCUACAAUAUCCGCAAAGUUGAUACCCAUGUGCAUCAUUCUGCAUGUAUGAACCAAAAGCAUCUUCUGCGCUUCAUAAAGUCAAAGCUAAGAAAGGAACCUGAUGAGGCCACUUUGAUGCUUCUGCAGGUUGUUAUAUUCAGAGAUGGCAAGUAUAUGACACUAAAGGAAGUUUUUGAGAGUUUAGACUUGACUGGGUAUGAUAUGAAUGUUGAUCUGCUGGAUGUUCAUGCUGAUAAGAGUACGUUUCAUCGAUUUGACAAAUUCAAUCUUAAAUAUAAUCCUUGUGGGCAAAGUAGACUUCGAGAAAUCUUCUUAAAGCAGGACAAUCUUAUCCAAGGACGCUUUUUGGCGGAAGUAACAAAACAAGUUCUGUCUGACCUUGAAGCUAGCAAAUAUCAGAUGGCCGAGUACAGGAUAUCCAUAUAUGGGAGGAAACAAAGUGAAUGGGACCAGCUGGCAAGUUGGUUUGUUAACAAUGAAAUUUACAGUGAAAAUGCUGUAUGGUUGAUCCAGCUACCACGACUGUACAAUGUUUAUAAGGGAAUGGGAAUCGUCAAGUCUUUUCAGAACAUUCUGGACAACGUCUUUAUUCCUCUAUUUGAAGUUACAAUUAAUCCAAACUCUCAUCCUCAGUUGCAUUUGUUCCUCAUGCAGGUUGUGGGUUUUGACCUUGUGGAUGAUGAAAGUAAACCGGAAAGACGUCCAAAGAAGCAUAUGGACCCCCCGGCUGAAUGGACCAACGAUUAUAAUCCUGCAUAUUCCUAUUAUGCUUAUUACUGCUAUGCAAACUUGUACACUCUCAACAAGCUUCGUGAAUCAAAAGGAAUGACAACGAUAAAACUUCGACCUCACUGUGGGGAGGCUGGUGACAUUGACCAUUUGGCAGCUGGCUUCCUUCUGUGCACCAACAUUUCUCAUGGGAUUAAUCUGCGGAAAUCUCCUGUUUUGCAGUAUUUAUAUUACCUAGCUCAGAUCGGACUAGCAAUGUCACCUUUGAGCAACAAUUCUCUUUUCCUGGACUAUCAUCGUAAUCCAUUUCCUGCCUUCUUCCAACGGGGCCUAAAUGUUUCUCUCUCAUCUGAUGAUCCUUUACAAAUACAUUUAACAAAAGAAGCACUUGUGGAAGAAUAUAGUGUUGCAGCACAGGUAUGGAAACUCAGUGCUUGUGACUUAUGUGAGAUAGCUAGAAAUUCUGUCUAUCAAUCUGGAUUUUCGCACGAGGCAAAGUUGCAUUGGCUUGGUGAUGGAUAUUUCAUUAGGGGCCCGGAAGGCAAUGAUAUCCAUAAGACCAAUGUAGCUAAUAUGAGGAUUGCUUUUAGACAUGAGAGAUGUGCAGACGUGGAAGGAGGAGAUGCAGUAUGUCUACGCAGGAAGGGCUAGAUUUCCUGAAGAAGUAGAUCUUUGAAUGGAAACUGAAGCUGGAGAUAAGAGUUGUGGUGAGUUAUAAAUGCCCAAAUCUCGAGAUAUGUGUAAGCAUAAAACUGAAGAGGAAGUUUUUUGAGAGGUUUGUAUUGGAGGCAGUCCUACAUUGUUGGCCAUUUUUGUUAAUGAGAAUACCUGUGGAACUUGGUUUUGGUCAGGUUGUAGAAGAUUUUGACAAUUGCCUCAAAUAGCUUUUCGGAGAAGGAUGUAUUCUUAACUGAUCAUAAUAACAUUACAGAUCCCAAAUUGAGAUCUACUGUUUGAAACAAAAAAAUAACUUGUGCGAGGUAAAUGAUAUGUUGGAGAUUUGUUCCAACUCCGAUGAUUCAUAUCACAACCUGAGCUUUUGAAAACAAUGUACGUUUCACUUUUAAUUUACUUCACUGGAUUGUUGUCA